CUUCAGCAGUGGCCUAUGGAUCCUGGUGCCUGGGGAAAUAGGACAGGUGUCACUGAGUUCAUCCUUCUUGGACUGACAGGAAAUAGAGGACUGCAACCCAUUCUUUUUGUCAUUUUUUUCUUUGCCUAUUUAAUCACAGUGGGGGGCAACUUCAGCAUUCUGGCUGCCAUCUUUGUGGAGCCCAAACUCCACACCCCCAUGUACUACUUCCUGGGGAACUUGUCUCUGCUGGACAUUGGGUGCAUCACCGUCACUGUUCCUCCAAUGCUGGUGUGUCUCCUGGCCUCCCAGUGCAGAGUUCCCUAUGCUGCCUGCAUUUCACAACUCUUCUUUUUCCACCUUCUGGCUGGUGUGGACUGUCACCUCUUGACUGCCGUGGCCUACGACCGCUACCUGGCCAUCUGCCGGCCCCUUACCUACAGCACUCGCAUGAGCCGUGAAGUCCAGGGUGCCCUGGUGGGCAUUUGCUGCACUGUCUCUUUCAUCAAUGCUUUGACUCACACAGUGGCUGUAUCUGUGCUUGACUUCUGUGGCCCUAAUGUGGUCAACCACUUCUACUGUGACCUCCCUCCCCUUUUCCAGCUCUCCUGCUCCAGCAUCCACCUCAAUGGGCAGCUACUGUUUGUGGGAGCCACCUUUAUGGGAGUCAUCCCCAUGAUCCUUAUCUCAGUGUCCUAUGCCCACGUUGCUGCUGCAGUACUACGGAUCCGCUCGUCUGAGGGGAGGAAGAAGGCGUUCUCCACAUGUGGCUCCCACCUCACUGUGGUCUGUAUCUUUUAUGGAACUGGCUUCUUCAGUUACAUGCGCCUGGGUUCAGUCUCAGCCUCAGAUAAGGACAAGGGGAUUGGCAUCCUCAAUACUAUCCUCAGUCCCAUGUUGAACCCAGUCAUCUACAGCCUCCGGAACCCUGAUGUGCAGGGCGCCCUGAAGAGGGUGCUGACAGGGAAGAGGCCCCCAGCAUGA